AUCAAAUCAUGGGCAAGGCCGAGUAGCGGAUUUGUUCAAUGUGUUCGAUUUAUGGAUUCCGUGAUGAGGAACGUUCAAAACCCUAUCGUAAUCGAUCAGAAUUAUUGCCCUCACAACGAAAAUUGUCCCGGUCAGGUUUCGGGAGUAAAGAUUAAAGAUAUCAUGUAUUCAGAUAUAAGAGGAACGUCAUCGAGACCCGUAGCUAUCAAAUUGGAUUGUAGUACGAAGAAUCCGUUCACCGGAAUAAAAUUGCAGAACGUGAACUUGACAUACAUGAACAAAGCUGCUCAAUCAUUUUGCAGCAAUGUGAUCGGAAAAGCAGUUGAUUUAGUUCAGCCUAAUGGUUGUCUGUGAAUCAUGGGUUAGAGGA